UUUUAACGAAAACUUUUAUCAGAUGUUUCGUAAAAAAAAUAUUCUAAAAUAAUAAAACAUCAAUCGAAAGGAAAUCACAAACAUAAUUAUAUUUAUUGCCCUGCAAGAGUUGCAUUUUAGUUAAUCUUUUAAGAAAGAUACUUAAAAUGGAUUAUAUUCGACCAGUUCUUACUUGUUUAGGAACAUUUUGCAGUUGUUUAAAUUGCAGUGAAGAAAGUUCUGGGCUGGAACCAAAUGAAAGAACUCAUCUUCUUAUUGAUCCUGUAAAUAAUAGCCCAGCUUUACGUAGAACAAAUUCUGACAAUUUUAGUAAUGAAUAUUCACAACCACUACCAAAAAAAGAUGAACAAACAGCACUUAGUAGACUUGUUCAAAAUACAGAAAACAAUAUGAUACAUGUUUGUGCUAUGGACUCACAUAAUCUUGAACAUAAAGAAUAUAAUGAUCGCGUUAAGAUAUAUACCCAAAGACUUCAACAACAAUGGAGCAAUAUCCAGUAUCCCACGAAUGGUCCAACAGGUUUACUUAAAGAUAUUCCAAAUCCUGAAUUUUAUUUGACUGCAACCCCUAUAUCCGCAUCAGAUUUAUCAUUACUUAAAAGUGCUAUUAGUAAAGCUCAAAUUGCUGUUGAAGAAAUCAAAGUAGAACACAAAGAAGAUAUUGUGGUGCCUUUUAGAAUCCCUUAAAAAUGUAUAAUUAUGAUUUUCAAAAUAUUAAAAAUUGUUUAUUGCAUUCUUUUUCGUGUAAAUAAAAAUAAUUUUAUAUAUGUACAUAAAUACAUUUUACCCUCAUAUUUUGUAUUGUAUAGCAUAUUUUAGCUUUUAACUAAAUACAUAAUAAUAUGUAUGUAUAUAUACUUCAUAUUUACAUUACAAGUAUGUAUGCUCAUUCAUUCAUAUUCUGUUGCCUGCAUAAGUUGGCCAAUGGGGUGGUAAAAAAUAUAUGUACAUACAAAUGUAA